GUUCCAUUGCAAAAUGCAAAUUGCAACUUGGAUUUUGAAACCACGAAUUCAACUAUAGUCUUCUCUUCCUCCUCUUUCCUCUGUCUGGAUUGAAUGGAAACAACAAACUAGAACUCCAAGAACAACCAACACCUACUUCUUCUUCUUCUUCAAAUCACAUUCCUAACCCAAUUCAACCACCAUAUCCAAACCCAGUUAGUUUUUGCCUCCAAAGAUUACAACUUUGUUGAUGUGAGAAGAAGGGUCUGAACUAAUUAGGAUUAGGUUAACAAACCCCUUUUUCGUUAUAUAAAUGUUGAGCACCUCUUCUUCUUCUCGCUCUCUCUUUGCGCGCUCCUUUCUUCCAAUUAAGGGUUUCCCAGGACCCCCUACACUCCGUCCUUUCCCCACAACUUCUCGGAUCUUCGAAUCGAAUCUCAACUCUCCCAAAAACAAGUUAAGUAUUUUGUGCUUUAGGCACGAGCAUCAUUCUCCAGAAACACCCAAGCCUGAAGUUAUUGACCAGUAUCUUUGCGAGGAAUCGGUGCAAUCUGAAUCCAAUGACUCUAGUGUCACCAAGCGGGACCAGAAUUUGAUCCUUCAAAAGGUUGCGAGUGAAGUAUUCAAGGUAUUUGGAAAUCGAUGGGUUGUACCAUGGACUGCAGUAACCAUAUUACAAGUUAUGCUUCUGUGGACAUCGGCAUUUUGGUUCAUAGGAUCUUGGAUGAUUCCUUUUGCGGCCCACAUAACUGGCUUUAGCAAAGAUUCUUUGACAUUUAGAGGCCAGGCACUGUUUAGCCUUAUUACUGAUGUUACUGAAGGACUCGCCGGAAUUGCAAUUCUUCAUCAUUGUCUUUCUCGAUUCCGCCCCCUUCCACCUGACUGGUUCAAGUUUAGCCUGAAAGGGACUUGGCAACCAGAUGUCAUCAUAGGGUGUCUCAUGUUUCCGCUCGUCAACCGGCUCUCGCAGUUCAACCUCGACCUGUUACCUCUCUUGCCAUCUACACCUGUCACCCUUUCUAGUGUUGAACACUCAAUAAGGGCAAGGGAUCCCGUGGCAAUGUUAUUAUAUGCGUUAGUAGUAUCAGUGUGUGCUCCUGUGUGGGAGGAGAUAGUUUUCCGUGGUUUUCUACUCCCAUCCCUUUCCAAAUACAUGCCUGUGUGGUGUGCAAUACUGGUAAGUUCAAUUGCCUUUGCGCUUGCACAUUUUAAUAUUCAAAGGAUGCUGCCACUUAUAUUUCUUGGAAUGGUGAUGGGUAUCAUAUUUACGCGGUCAAGGAAUUUAUUACCAUCAAUGCUAUUGCAUAGCCUUUGGAAUGCCUUUGUCUUCUUAGAUUUGAUGAAAUAGCUUCUUGGAAGUCAUGAUUCUUUUUAGUAAGCAGGGAACCUAUCAUGUAGAUAGCAGCAAUGCAGGCACUAGCAAGUGGGUCAGCAUCUUCAAAAGUAAAUGCUUACUCAGUACCUCAUUGUUAUGGUAGACUGACCAGGUGCAUUUGCAAGAAGUAGCAUGAGCUCAUGGCCUUUUGUAAUUGUAUAUUAUAAAAAUCAGUGCCCUAAUUUGUUCAUAUUUGAUGAUACAUGGUAUUAUUAGACAGUAUAAUUCAAAUAAUCCAUUUUGAGUAACUUUUUUUUUUAAGAUUCUUUUUGGCGAACAUGAUGCUAUAUGACGGUUGUACUAAAGAGGGUUUUUCAAAAGAUUUAUAGGUGUUUGAUUCUGUUGUGGGAAACCUCAUAA